AGAGUAGUGCAUCAUAUAAACUUAAACGUGAAUCUGAAGUAGCUGAUUCAAAAUGCAGUAGUUUUUGUAUAAUGUGACAUAAGUAUGCACUACUGUUAAAUGGGGACCAUAUUGUGUCCUAAAGUUUUAUUUAUUUAUUUUUAAUAUUUUGUCUGCAACUAUCGUGCAAUGGCUUCAGAACUUAAUUCUAGUCCUGUUGGAAAUAAAAGCGAUGUGACGAAAAAAAGGAAACUACAAUGCGCCGAGUUUGCCUCUAUAACUAGUAAAGAUGAAGCUAUCGCCCAAUGUUAUUUGGCGGAAAAUGACUGGGAUUUGGAAAGAGCACUGAACUCCUUUUUUGAGCCUGAUGUUGAAGUGGUUUUUGUGGACACUCCUCUGGCUUCUGCACUGCCUCAAAAACGUCCAAGGAUGGAAUCCAUACAGGAGGACUGUGUGGAUCUGACAGAAACUGAUGAAACACCUACGACAAGCACUGCCACCUCCACCAGUGGAACUAACGACAAAGCCAGUGAGGAAGACAAAGACAACAGUCAGCUUACUUUGGUGACAUGGAAUAUUGAUGGGCUAGAUGAAAGUAAUUUAAUAGAAAGAGCCAGGGGUGUCUGUUCCUACUUGGCUUUGUACAGUCCAGAUGUUGUGUUCUUGCAAGAAGUCAUUCCACCAUACUUAAUCUACCUUCAAAAAAGAGCAGUCAGCUACAACAUCAUUCCAGGUAAUGACUAUGGCUAUUUUACUGUUAUAAUGCUGAAGAAAUCUCGAGUAAAACUUUUGAAGCAGGAGAUAACCCAUUUCCCAACUACAUCUAUGAUGAGAAACCUCCUUUCUGUUCAUGUAAGGGUGGGUGGCAGUGAUCUUUGCCUUAUGACAUCCCACCUGGAAAGCACCAGAGGUCAGGCAAAAGAGCGCCUGACUCAGCUGAACACUUUAUUUCACAAGAUGAAAGAAGUCCCAGAGUCUUCUGUUGUGAUUUAUGGAGGAGACACAAACCUUCGUGAUCAGGAGGUUACCAAAGUAGGAGGCUUACCAGCUGGUGUUGUCGAUGUUUGGGAGUUCUUAGGAAAGCCAGAACACUGUCGUUAUACAUGGGAUACCAAAAUGAACAGCAACAAAAAUGCAGCUUACAAGUGUCAGUUACGCUUUGAUCGCAUACUGUUUCGAAAUGCCAAGGGCACACACAUAAUUCCUCAAACAAUGGACCUUAUAGGAUUAGAUAAAUUGGAUUGUGGCAAAUUUCCAAGUGACCACUGGGGACUUUUUUGUGCAUUUACUCUAAUUUUAUAAAGCCUUUAAUAAAACAGUUCCUUGAUUUAAUUUUAUGUUAAAUUUUAGUGGUGUAUAUGAAGCCUAUUAUGCCUAUAUUUUAUGAAUGUUAAGAGUGUGGUCAUUUAAAUAAAGUAAUAUAACUUUUAGAGCACA